AUGGCUGAGGAACAGACACUUUUCCAGGGCCCUGAAUCCAAGCCUCCAGGUCCUGUGCCACGCCAAGGCACACUUGCAGAAAAGCCAGACAGUGAAUCCGAAACCUGGCAUGUUCGCUUCAGAACUUUUAUCAGCUCAAAGGAAUCCAAUCCCAUCCAGGAUCUGAGGAGACUCCGUGAGCUCUGCCAUCUGUGGCUGAGGCCAGAUCUCCACACCAAGGAGCAGAUCAUGGACAGGCUGGUGCUGGAGCAGUUCAUGAUCUGCAUGCCUCUGGAGUGCCAGGUCUUGGUCAAGGAAAGUGGUGUGGAGAGUUGCCAAGAGCUGGAGGACAUGCUGAUAAACCAGCAGAAACCCAAGAACUGCACCAUAGUCCAUGUAGGAGGACAGGACUUUCUUGUGCGAGGCUCAGAUGUUGACACGGUUGAAGCUGAGGCCAGGGACAUGGAUGAUGAGAGAGCCCUGUGCAAGGAGCCUCUAUCCUCUGUGAGCGAAAUACAUGCAGAGAACGGCCAGCAGGAAAGCCAAGAGCUGCAGAACUUCCCUGAUGUCCAGGAGCCGGCAAGAGGGCAGGAUAAGAAAGGUUUCCUGCCAGCGACCAUUCCUGACCCACGUGUACGGGAGGGUCGGACACCCAAGGAGAACAUGGAGCAAGACCUGGUGGAAGACAAAGAAGACACAAGAACCCCCACUCAGUCUCAAGAGCCAGAGCUUCGGAAGGGUCCUGAGACAGAAGAGCCAACUGCGGGUGGAAACAGAGGAGAAUCGGUGAGGCGUCUGACACGUUCCAAACGCAGACGGGCCAGCAGUCUCACUUCCCAAGAAGGGCUUCAAGAAGGAGCCCCGUCUUUGGACACAGGCAGAUGCUCAGGACAACCUCAGACCUCUUCUGCUUGUUCAGCAGGCAGGGUGAAAACAACCAGUCAUGCCAAGGGCAAAGAAGCCCCGGGAGGGACAGACUAUCAGUGUCGAGAAUGCAACAAGAGGUUUCAUUAUAGGUCUCAGUUUACUCUUCACAAGAGGACACACACGGGAGAGAGGCCCUUCCAAUGCAGUCUUUGUGCCAAAGCGUUCAUGCAGCCCUCGGACCUGCGAGUCCACCAGCGAAUCCACACGGGCGAGAAGCCAUACCGCUGUGACACCUGCAGCAGGGACUUCACCCACGAUUCCACGCUGCGAGCUCACAAGAGGACCCACACCAAGGAGAGGCCUUUCCCUUGUGAGCAAUGUGACAUGGCCUUCAGCCACCGGGGGAACCUCAACGUCCACCGACGCACCCACUCUGGGCUCAAGCCCUACGUGUGUCCCGAGUGUCACGGCGCCUUCCGCCAGCUGGGCACUUUCAAACGCCACCAGAAAACACAUUUAAAAGAUAUUUCAGCUCUGGACAACGUUUACGAGCCGGUCCCAGAUGCCAGGAAGCUGAAGGCAAAAGGGCUUGAAAAAUGUAAGUGA